AUGUCUAUCCUUUUUUUUUGUGGCUCUCCCAUUUCCAAUCUUACUCCUCUGCAUCUGCCCAACCGAUCUCUCCCAUCUCUCCAUCAGCCUAUCCUUUUUUCUUACGUCUCGCACUCUGCCCACCCGUUCUUUCGCAUUUCUUUGUCAGGCCAUCAGUACUCCGUCAUCUAUUCAUCUGCCGAUCCAUUCUCUCACGGCCUUCAUAAGAGCAUCAUUCUCUUGUCACCAAUUUCUUUUUUUUUCAUUUUUUCUUUUUUUCUUUUAUUAUUAUUUAUACGUUUUUUUAUUACUUUUAUCUCUUUAACAAUAUUUUCGUUUUUAUUUUCUUUGUUACUCAUUUGUUGUUGUUGUUUUUUUCUUCUUUCCUUUAUUUCACUAUUUUUUUUCUAUUUUAAUAACUUUUUCUUCUUGCUUACUUUUCUUUUCUUUUUCUCAUCUUCCCUUUUCUCAAUUUUCUUUUCCUUCUUACCGUCACUUUUUACUUUUUCUUCAUUUCUUUUUCGUCUCGUCUUUCUUUUUUCUUGUUAA